ACACUGGUUCCACAACACCAUGAAGUUCACCUUAUCUUGGUUACUACUUGGUCCUGUUGCACUGGCACUCUGUUGCCUAGCUACAGCACAACCUGGUAGUGACACAACCAGCCUCGAUGUGGCCACAAUGGCCGCGCAAGAGCUCGACCGCGUCAUGUGGCUGCCGGGGGCACCGAACUACUCACCUGCAUUCAAGCAGUAUUCCGGUUACGUCAUAACUGACAAGCACCUCGGCAAGGCACUGUUCUAUUGGUUCUUUGAGGCGAUGGACAAGCCUGAUGAGAAGCCAUUGGUCUUAUGGUUAAAUGGAGGACCUGGCUGUUCUUCUGUUGGGUUUGGGCAGGCACAGGAGCUCGGGCCAUUUCGUGUGAAGAAAGAUAUUCCUGAGCUUGAGCUCAAUCAUUACAGCUGGAACCAAGCUGCCAACUUGCUGUUCCUGGACUCUCCAGCCGGCGUUGGAUUUUCAUACACAAACACGUCUUUCGAAAGUGAUCCGCCUGGCGACAAUUCCACCGCACACGGUUCAUAUGCCUUCCUCGUCAGGUGGUUCCAGAGGUUCCCCCAGCACAAAAUGAAAGAGUUCUACAUAGCCGGAGAGAGCUAUGCGGGACACUACAUUCCCCAGCUAGCUAAUGUCAUCGUGGAGGAGAACAAGAAAGCCUCCGAACAAAACUACAUAAACUUCAAAGGCAUCCUGAUCGGGAACGCGUACAUGGAUGGGGACACAGACUUGCAGGGUAUCGUCGAUUCUGCAUGGCACCACGCCAUCAUCUCGGACGCGCUCUACAGCACCUUCCUCAAGUCCUGCAACUUCAGCAUGGAAAUCCUGUCUCCGGAGUGCGAGGCAGCCUGGGUUGAGUUCGGCGCUCUCUACAAGCUCAUAGAUAUCUACAGCCUCUACACGCCGUAUUGUGAUCUCGGGUACCCAGCUUUGAACGCAUCAUCCUCCUCGGUACAGACCAGACGGAUUGACGCCCGUGUUGAUCUUCUCAAGAUGCCAAUGGGCUUUGAUCCAUGCACGCAAACGUACGCCACCGAGUAUCUGAACCGCGAGGAUGUGCAGAGAGCUCUGCAUGCUAACAGCACCGGGCUGCCGUAUCCCUAUGUUCUUUGCCGUAAUACCAUCAACAGUGUAUGGAAAGACUCCGACAUGACGGUCGUCCCGAUUGUCAAGAAGCUCGCACAAGAAGGGCUUCGCAUAUGGAUUUUCAGCGGCGACACGGAUGGGAGGAUCCCUACCACUUCGACGAGGUACACGUUGAAGAAGCUCGGCCUGCCAAUCAAAGAGGACUGGUCGCCAUGGUUCAGCCACAAGCAGGUUGGUGGAUGGACCGUGGUGUAUGAGGGCCUGACAUUUGUCACGGUGAGAGGAGCCGGGCACACGGUGCCAACCUCGCAGCCCAAGCUGGCGCUCGAGCUCUUCAUGAGCUUCCUGGCCAACCAGAACCUCCCCUCCAAGCCGUUCUAGAAAACACGUCAGGAUUAGCACGUUUUCUGAAUGAGUGUCUCCAUUCAUGAACCGAUUGAUUUCAUGGAGAAUGGUUGUGUUGUGUGCUAGCUCUGCUGUGAUACACCACCUGUCGUUUCUUGUCUAGCUGGUCUGCUAUUUCAUUGUAAUACCCGGCUUGUGGAACCUUUAGUUCACACUUCACAGAUUUUAUUUCAAUGUCAGAGGAUA